GACGAAGAUGGCGGCUGAGGUGCAGAGCGGAGGGGAGGUGCCUGCCCGUGACUCCGGCCGGAGUGAUGCCAUCUGCAGUUUUGUCAUCUGCAAUGAUUCCUCCCUCCGAGGUCAGCCUGUUAUCUUCAACCCUGACUUUUUUGUGGAAAAACUCCGACAUGAGAAACCUGAGGUGUUCACUGAGUUGGUGGUCAGCAAUAUCACGAGGCUUAUCGAUUUACCUGGAACUGAGCUGGCUCAGCUGAUGGGAGAAGUGGACCUUAAGCUGCCUGGUGGGGCUGGCCCAGCGUCAGGAUUCUUCCGGUCUCUGAUGACUCUCAAGCGGAAGGAAAAAGGAGUGAUAUUUGGAUCCCCAUUGACGGAGGAAGGCAUUGCCCAGAUAUACCAACUGAUUGAAUAUCUACACAAAAACUUGCGAGUAGAGGGUUUGUUUAGAGUUCCGGGCAACAGUGUCCGACAGCAGAUACUAAGGGACGCUCUCAAUGAUGGAACUGAUAUUGACUUGGAGUCAGGGGCGUUUCAUUCCAAUGACGUUGCUACGUUGCUGAAGAUGUUCCUAGGAGAGCUACCAGAGCCCCUGCUGACACACAAACAUUUCCAUGCGCACCUCAAGAUUGCUGAACUAGGAAUGGAAUUGCUGGAACAUAUGGUUACUGCAAAUGACCUUAAGGAAAAUAUCACAAAGUUAAACAAUGGGAUGGCUUUUAUGAUCAAACACUCCCAGAAACUUUUUAAGGAUGACCUUGAUCUGACAGCUUCAUGUCAUGCUAAGUCCUUCCAACUGGCAAAACCUCAGAAAUGGAACCAGGCAGACCCAUACUCUCAGCAGGAGGAGAUCCAGCAGCGUACAGAAGAGGCACUGCGGGAGCUCUUCCAGCAUGUUCACAGUCUGCCCGAGUCAGCGAAGAAGAAGCAACUUAUUAGACAGUUUCAUAAGCAGUCUUUGACCCAAACACCAGGACGAGAACCUCCUCUUCCCCGGGUACAGAAGAGGGCCCGUUCACGCUCCUUCAGUGGGCUUAUUAAGCGUAAAGUCCUGGGAAAUCAGACGAUGUCAGAAAAGAAAGACAAGUACCCUACUCCAGAAUCUGUGGCCAUGGGUGAAUUGAAGAAUGCCAGCAAAGAAAACAGGAACUUGUUAUUUUCUGACUCUCCAGCUGUCAUGAUGACACCAACAAGAUUGAAAUGGUCUGAGGGGAAGAAAGAGGGGAAAAAAGGCUUCCUCUGAAGGAUCCAGAGUUCUCCUGACUUCCGCCUGGAAUUUUGUGGGCCAGGUGUCGUUUCUACUCAGAGUGAAGCCUGGACUUGCAGCUUGCUUGCUGCUGUUGAACUGAGAAAGCCAACUAAUCCCCUCACCCGACUGAUAACCUCUAAUCCUACUCACGGGAUGGCUUUGUAAGCCUUCAGAGAGACUACUAGGGCUGCUCUGUUUCUAUUUUUUAAUAUUAUGGGGAAACCACUAAUCAGCCAACAGCAUACACAGUACAGUAGGUGGGCAGAACGGGGGCUUCUGGGGGCUCAUUCAGUAUUUUUAGGCCAGUUCUGUUUCUAAAAGUACAAAAUUUUGUGCUCAACUGAUAUUUUAAAGAAAGUACUGUCGAUUCUAGUAUGUCGAUAUUUUUUAACUGAUAUUUUUGACUUUUCUCAUGUUUUGAUUGUGUUGUUGUUUAUUUGUUUUAAAAUCCAUUUUAGGGGCCAGGGAGAUGGUUCAGUAGAAUAAGCACUUCCCUGGCAAGCGCAAGGGCCUGAGUUCAAUCCCCAGUCCAUGUCCCCCCCCCACAAAAAAAAAAAUCUGUUUUAGAGGGAUUGGUGAUUGAAAUGGGCUGUACGCUAGAAACUUCCAUCCUUUUUCACCUUAAGGUUUGGGAAAGUUCUUUAUCUCAUAAGGCCAUUUUCUUUAGCAUCUUAUUUGUCUUCAAAGAAUUUAUAGUGUCCUAGGCAAUUUAAAAUUAUCUUUUUGGUGCCAAGAUUGCAGAGUAUUUGACCUCCGGUGUCAAAAAACAAUUCAGAACAGUAUUUUAGCAAAUUUCAGGUAUUAUUAUUAAAUUAUUUUCCUCCCUCUGUUCAUCCUUCCCCUCUUCUCUAAAACUUUCCUUUUCCUUAGUGAUGUGACAAACUGUGUGGUUGCUGAAGUUGUUUUCUUCCCUAGAAUCCUCUCACCUACAGCAUCCCUGGUGCAAAGUGAAUACUUGUGUGCCAGGUUACUGUGACUCAUGACAUCCCAGAUUUCAGCCUCAUAAAGGUUUGCUGAAAUCUGUAUUUGUGAGAGGCUCUGGAGUGUGUCUGGAGGGGCUGGCUGACUGGGCAGAUUCUGCUGCCCUUCCCAGGCGUCAGGUGUGCAGCUAGACCGUCUCCCGAGACAGGUUGAAACUGGAGGAGAGGAGUGGGUGGGUGGGCUCUGCAGGGCCCGUAGGGCUAAAGGAGAGCGCCUUUACUUGGAAGCCAAGGUGGCUUACCACCAUUGCCCUAGAGCAGUUGCUCCAGUGCCUUGCCCUCGUCAGAACGGGCACAGGUAGCAAGCAAUAGGGAGAUGCGGCGACAGUGCUUGGCUUUUGGGUUGGGCCCGUCCCCACAGGUUGGAGGGGAGCAGUGGCACAGUGUUGACGUUAUCUGAAGCGUUCACUGCUCGGAGUAGUGUGUGGCAGAGGAAAAUGUGGCUCGCCCUGGUCUGCUAAGCUGUGUACCAUUCUUACCCUGAGUGGGAGCUGAGUCAGGCCCACUGUGGGGAAGGUGCCUAGCAAAGUAUUGUUUGCUGAGCUGUCUUUAUAAACAACUGAAAAUGCUGCAUUAUUGCUGAAAUGAUAGAUGACCGGAACAGCCGAGUUUGGCUUUGUGUCGGAGUCAGCCCUCUCUUCUAUACUAUACUGUUUCUUUUGCUACUGUUAGCCCAUUUGUGAAGAAAAUGUAAAAUUUGGCCUUCCAACAUGAUGAAUUGGGGCAAUAAAUGUAUACAUGUAUAAAACUGCUUAGGAGCCCCUUACUCUGCAGCAGUCUUAGGCCAUUCUUUACAAUAUUCACUAGUAAACUCAUACGACUUUUUCUUCUUAUUAGGAAAAAUACAUUUUCUUGUAUCAGGUAACAGCGAAUUCAGACAGAGAGCCCCUUUGGUAUCACUAAAUCAAAGUAGUGUUCUCCCUUAACUCAGUCCUUCUUUAUUCAUUUAAGUCUGUUUUAUCCUGGAGAGGCGUGGUGGUCUCUUAUGUGUGGCCUGCUGUCAGGUAGAGGGAGCGGAAUAGGGACUCAGUGGCUGCUUGUCAUCCAGUCAGCUGUGCGCUGGUGAGAGGUGCCUGGGACUUCGGCGGCGCCAAGGGGUCAGCCCUGCGGGCAGUGUUCGGGCGAGGUGUGAGAGAAGGGUUUCCCACGUGCACACGCGCGGGCGGUUUAUGCGUGUUUGUGGGUAUGUGUGUUUGUUUAUUUAUUGAAUAUGUGGUGGCCCUUGUUUUAAGGGUGUUAUAGGUCAUUUUUCUUAUACAAGCUGUGAUCCAGUUGGAAACCAAAUCUGAAGAAUAAGCAGCAAAAUUUUGUCUUCUAAUCUGUAACUGUUCUAAUCCCGUGAAAUCUUACGAUCAACUUUAAAAAACAACCUUUUUUGUUUCACAAAAGGUUACUAUCUUCAUUCUGACUUAGUAGUUAGGUAUUUUUGAGCCAGUAUUUAAUUUUUUUAACCUAUAAGAUGUUUAAAAAACCAUUUUGUUGUGUUUAUUUUUCAUAAGGGAACAGUCUCUUUGGAAGUGCCUCUUACAGUCUUUAAAGCUUCAUUCUUUUCUGGGGUCAUUGCCAUGGGUUUUGCUGUGGUGUCAAUUUAGGGCACUGUAUUUGUGCCAGAGGAACACAGCAUAAAAACACAGCCCACUUCCUUGGUUCAGAUCUGUUUGGGUGAUCGACUUUCGCAUCUGGGACUGACGACUCUUGUUUGAAAAACCCCAGUGUAGCAGUGCAAGAGGGGAGGAGAUGGUGGUUAUACCUGAGUGCCAGAACAUAGCAGAGGGGAGGUGAUGAAUCGGAACUGCACCACAGCUCAUCCUGCACGAAGGACAGCUCUUCACCCUGAGUGUCCUUCCAGGGUCAGUCCAGAAUGACGAGGGGGACACCCUUGGGAAGUCUAGAGUGGUGGAUGGUGUGACCAUUGGCUGUGCUAGAGGUGACCGUUCUGUUGGUCCGAGGAAGCCAUUGGAUCCUGGUGUCAGAGCAAAGCCAUUCUUUCCUCCUGAGUGGGAAUCUUUCUGUUCAGCUUCCCUCCUGGAACCUCUGGUAGCAUACGGUUUAAAGUACUGCAUUCUAGGGGAACUCGUGGUCACUAGGACUGUGCCGUAGUGACUGGCUGUGUGACCGUGCAGCGGGAGGCUGUCUUGGGGAUGGCCGUCUCUCAGCUUCGUCCCCUCCCAUUCAUUCUGCUGGCCUCCCAAGGGCUGGAAGGUGCUGGCGCCCAUUCUGAGGCCACUUCUGUGUAGGUCUACUUUUCUCAAGAGAGCCUUGUCCUCUCCUUCCUCUACUCUGAAGGGUUUGCACUGAAGACAGGGCCUAGUCUAAACCUGGAAGCCCGCAGAACUCCCAAGAUUUGGGAAAAAUUUAGGCCCUAAGAUGUAAAGCUUUAAAAAAUUUUUAUUUUAAUUUUUGACGCAAAGCUUUUGAAUGCAGUGGUAAUUAGCCAGUGGCAAACUCACUGUGGAAAGCUGGAUUUACUAAGCAAAAUGCUGAGAUCAGGGUAGAGUUGUUGGAGGCAGAUUAGUGAGGAGGUAGAGUACAGAUAGCUGGAGUGCUUGAGUUACCAUGGAAACGAGUGUGUAAGACCACAGCUCAUGCUAAAGAGCCCUUGAGCACGCCUCUGACAUGUUUAGGGGCCAGAACAUCCUGUCAGGAAAAAAAUGCUCUCAGCCCAGGGAGCCUUUCUUCAGAGCAAAGUUUGCUCUUGCCCUGUCCCUGAGCUCACUGGAAAACCUAACCAGGUUGCUUAAGAGGUCUUACCAUUUUUUUAUUUUUCAUUCUUAUUUGACUGUAUAUAAUGUAUG